CCCACGUGAGCUGGAACCUCUUGGGGAGUCAGCGAAUGUCUCCAGGGAUUAACCAUUUCCUCUCCUCAGGUCCAGGUCCCUGCAGUGUAGGUUCCUCUCCAUUCACGUUCCUUUUAUAAGAUAAUUGUCCCUCUCCUGACUGACCACUCGAGGAUGGACACGAGUCGCCGGAGUCACAAAAUGGCCGAGCAGAUAUUAAACCUCACCCUGGAGAUCAUCUACCUGCUGACUGGAGAGGAUUACUUGGUGGUGAAGAAAACAAGUGAGUGUAUGGCACCCAGCCCGCAUCCCGUUGUGUCCGGAGGGUGGAAGGAGAACAGAAGCCCCAACAUGGUGCCUCCUCCUCCAUCACUAAUACAUGAGAGGCACAAGGAGCAGAAGAUCCUAGAGCUCACCAACAAGAUCAUCCAGAUGCUGAGCGGAGAGGUCCCUGUCAGGUGCCAGGACGUCACUGUCUACCUCUCCAUGGAGGAGUGGGAGUAUUUAGAAGGACACAAGGAUCAGUACAAGGACGUCCUGAUGGAGGACCACCAGCCCCUCACAGCACAGGAAGGAUCCGGUAAGAGUCGCUCACCAGAGAAGUGUCCCUGUCCCCUGUAUCCUCAGGAUGGUCCGGGGGGGAAUCCCAGGGUCCCAGGAAAUCAGCAGAUGGACGACCUGAUCAUUGUCAAAGUGGAGGAGACAGAGGGAGACGAGGAGUAUUAUGAGGCUGAUCUCCAGUAUAAGGAGGAGGAAACUCCCACCAGUAUCGGCACAGCAGGCGCCCCCCUGAGCCUCGGGUGCAGUUCUCUCCCAUUAUUUUCAGAUUCUGAAGCGAACCUUAACAUAGCACCGGAUAUUUACGGACAGACCUUCAUUACCAUAAGCAUUCCUUCCAUCAUCCACAGCGGGGAUCUGUUACCUGCUCCCGCUACCCUCAUCCAGCCUCCAUCUGAUCAGUCACAGGUUCCACCUCUGCUUCCCAGGCCCGAAGGUAAGAAUCAGAAGAACAAUCCAAAAAACAAAGGGCGAUUUCCAUGCGCAGAAUGCGGCAAAAGUUUUGCGAUGAGAUCAAACUUUGUGGAACAUCUGAAGGUUCACACAGCGGAGAAGCCGCUUCCGUGCACCACGUGCGGGAAACGCUUCAAACGGAAGUCGGAUCUGGUCAGGCACCAGAAAACUCACACCGGGGAGAAACCCUUCUUAUGUACAGAAUGCGGGAGAUGUUUCGCCAUAAAAUCGAAUCUUCUGGCGCAUCAGACAAUCCACGCGGGGGAGCGUCCGUUCCCGUGUCUUGUGUGCGGGAAACGCUUUAACCGGAGAAGAAGUCUUGUUCGACAUCAGAGAAUUCACACAAGAGAGAAGUCCUAGUCAUGUCCACCGCGUGAGAAGCGUCAUCCAGAACCUGCCUCAGGCGGAUUGCGGGAUUUCCAUCUUCAGAAUGUACUUUUUGUAUAAAUUUGUAUAAUUAAAUCAAAUCUUAUGUAUUAG